AAACAGGAACAUUUUUUAUUUUUCAAAAUAGAAUAGAAUCCAAUAAAACACAAUUAUGUAGACAGAAAUAGCAUUUUCAUAUGAAUAGUUAUUUUUUAAAAUUAAGUUUCGUCAGUUUUUAUUUUUCAAUAUUGCUCAUUUUGGUCGGGAAAAUGUCUGGGCUUACUCUUAGGUAAAAGGAGUUCUUUAAUAGAAUUUCUAAACGUAUUUCGGAAUGAUAUUUGAACUUACCAAGUAUUAUAAUUUAAACAUACAUUUAUAUUUUAAAAAUCAUCUACUUAGAAAAUGUUGAAGGCACAUUUUUAAAGAUAACAUUUAAAAAUUCUACACAAAUUCUAAAAAGUGCUAGAGUGACAAUUUUUAGUGUAUUUGUAUAUAUUUUAAGUUGAUAUUUCCAGCUAUGAAGUCUGCUAGAUCUUAACGUCGAAAUUGGCAGUAUCAACGGUUUACAUUAUCGGGUUGCAAAAUUAAAUAUUGGAGGCUAAGGAAGCUAGUAAUCAGUUCCUUUAGGGCAAGUUGGAUUUUUCGAAACUACAGAUUAAAUAUAUGUUUUCUUUUAAUUGUAAACAUCAAAAUUGUUAAACUCAUAAGGAUAAAUAAACACUAAAGUGGCUCAAUUUAAAAACUUUGAAAUCUAUUUUUAGGUUCUUCAAGAUGCCAAAGCUUUUAUGGAUAUUUCUGCUAGUGCAGUAUAUUCCUCACAUUUCAACUGAAGUUCCGUAUCUUACAUACAGCGGCGAUAUAAUGUUGGGAGCACUGUUCCCGAUACAUAAGCAAGGUGAGGCUGGAGAACUCUGUGGACAGAUUCAGGAUGAAGACGGAAUACAACCUCUGGAAGCUCUUCUCUUCACCCUGGAUGAAAUAAAUAGGAAUGAAAGUAUUCUGCCGAAUAUAAAGUUGGGAGCCAUUGUUCGAGACUCCUGUGAUACUCCCAGAUAUGCUGCAGAGCAAUCCCUAGAUCUUCUUCAGGGAUUUAUGUACCGUAGUGUGAAAACCAUCCAUCCUGACGUAUUCUGUAGCAAUGAAACUGUCAAGAAUAUUGUGGGUAUUAUUGGAGCUCAGACAAGCCAGGUUUCCCUGGAAGUGGCUCGUUUAGGAAGAUUGUUUAAGGUUCCUCAAAUCAGUUAUCUCUCUACAGCUGUCGUUUUGAGCGAUCAGAAUGAGUUUCCGUACUUUUUCCGCACAGUUCCUAGUGAUAUUCAUCAAGCCAGAGCUAUUUUAGGGGUUUUAGAAGUAUUGGGAUAUCACUACGCAUCAGUUGUACACACCCAAACAGACUACGGUACAACCGGAUAUGAAGCUCUAGUUAAGUAUGCUCUUGCUGGGAAGAAAGUUUGUCUUGCCAAGCCCCUGAUAAUACAGGAUGGUAAUUAUGAUGAUGUUAUAAAUAAUCUACUUAAAAAUCAGAUGACCAAGGUUGUGAUAGUGUUUGCAGACAGAAUCCCCGCUGGUAAACUACUAGAGGCAGCUAAAAAUAGGAAUGUGACCAGCAAGUUUGUCUGGAUAGGAUCAGAUGCAUGGGCAUCUAGAGAAUCCGUAGUUUAUGGAAGGGAGGAGGUCGUUGAAGGAGCAAUAGCAGUUCAACCAUUAAGAAGAGCGCUUCCCGGUUUUAGCGAAUAUUUCAACAGUCUUUCUGAUCUUCCAGAUAAUAACGCUCGUAACCCUUGGUACGCAGAGUAUUACAGUACCUACUGUAACUGCUCACUGGCAGAAAAUAUAAAGGAAAUGAAGAAGGCCCAGAAUAUCUGUCCUUUUAAACAGAAAUCAAAAGAUGCUAAAAAUGUACAGCAGCAGUAUCUUCACUUUCUGAGGGAUGCUGUUUACGCCUUUGCUCUGGCACUUGAUGAUCUUCGUAGAGAAUCCUGCAAACAUACAGUUGGUGUUUGUGAUAAACUCAGGUUGCGAAUGUAUAAAGAUCUGAAGUAUUAUCUUGCUAAAGUUUCCUUCCCUGACGUCGACAAUUUCCCGUUCCGAUUCAAGAACGAGACACGGGAUGGUCCUGCUAGAUACAGUAUUAUCACUUACUACAGGCGACCAUCUGGAGAAUUUGAUUGGGAAAAUGUUGGAACAUUCCAGGGCGGAGAAAUAAGAGACCUCAACCUCUCUUUCAGUGAGAAGAACAAAGAAGCCAGCUAUAUAAACAGUCACGUGACGUGUAGGAGAAAUCUAUGUGCUUCAAAUGAAAUAAAGAUACCUGAAGGGCAUAAUGAUGGUUGUUGUUGGAACUGCCAGAAGUGCCAUGACUUUGAAUAUAAAUAUUCAGAGUUCGGUUGCAAGUCCUGCCCUAAGGAAAUGGUUCCCCUAGUUAGAGAUGAUGGUACAAGUGACUGCAGACUGGCUCCUGAGGACUACCUUGAUUACACCAAUCCCUGGGCCCUUGGUGCUUUGGCUUUUGCUGGAAUAGGUCUUGUUAUGACUACAAUUACAAUGGGUGUUCUAUGGAAAUACUGGAAUACUCCUGUAGUAAAAGCGUGUAGUAGAGAGCUGAGCUGUGUUCUCAUUAUGGGAACUUUUAUAUCAUUCUGCACAACUUUUAUUAUUGUAACUAAACCAACAGGUUUUACUUGCGGGGUCAUGAGAUUCCUCAUAGGAUUCUGUUACACGCUAUGCUACGCUGCUGUGGUUACUAAGACCAACAGGAUUUCACGGAUUUUUUCAGCUCAGAAUGUUGUACCAAAGUGUACAUCACCAACUGCUUCAGUGGUUAUAACAUUAGCCCUCACUUCAGUGGAGGUAGUGGUACUUGUUAUUUGGUUAGUUAUUGAGCCUGCCUCUACUGAGACCAUUUCAGAGGGAAAAACCAGGAUUCUUGUAUGUAAAGGCGUGGACCAGAAUUUCAUGAUUGGAUUAUUCUUUCCCUUCCUUUUGAUAAUUUCUGCCACCAUGUAUGCCUUCAAGACUAGGAAAUGCCCAGGAGGCUUCAAUGAAACCAGGUUCAUCUUGUUUACCAACUGUAUUAACACCAUUCACUGGCUUGCCUUCGUCCCCUUGUAUCUUGUCAGCGCAGACCACAAGAUCAAAGCUGUCAUACUAGCCUACUCAUUAUCACUGUCAGGAGUAGUACAAUUGAGCUGCCUUGUGUUAAAACAUUAA